AUGCUCCGAAAGCACCAUGACAGAAGACAAUUUUCAUUCACCAAAGCGUUUUGUUUGACGCUUGCGGCAGUCGCCACUUUUCUUUUGCAGCAGCAUCAAAUAUCGAAGCUAGAUACAGUUCGAGCGCCCAACAUUUCGUCGCUCCACCUAAAAGAUGACCUCAUUCUUCCAACACACCCGUACAGAGCGGACCCCCUGCGAACAGGCAUUCUUCCAUCUGUAUCAGUUAAAUCAGAGGUACCUGCCACUCGGGUGAAGAAGGAACGAGAUGUACUAUCCAUGCGCAACGGCAGCACGAACAACGCUGGUCGUCUUCUACCAAGUUUCCAAGCCGGGGGUGUGAUGGUAUUCUUGCACUAUCCCAAGACGGGAGGCACCACUUUGAACGGUUUAAAGGAUCUUCCCAAAGUCCAAUGGCUCCGUAUCAAUGACUUUACAUCGUGGAACCAAUAUUGGCCACUCAUCCAAGCGCACUUGUCGCUGCCAGCCGAGAAUCGCAGCACUUUAUUCCUUGAAUUUCACAAUUACUGUCCGAAACUGGAUAAUUUCUUCCCGAUGAUGAACGAACUGAGGCAAGCAGCUGACGAAAAAGGAGUGUCGACCUUCGUCUUUACACUGAUCCGCGAUCCCAUCGACUUUGCGCUCUCAUUUUUUCACUUCUUCUACACGCAACCGUGCUCCGUUUUCAAACGAUGCACUCCGCAAGAAGAGCGGUCCCACGUCUGGAUCAGCGCCACGGAAAAACAUUUGCGCAAACUCUCACCAACAAACUAUCAGUGCCUCCUUUUAGCUUACGAUAUGCGCAACUUGUGGCAUUUAAAGAACGAAUCGGCCACCUCGAAUCGAACCUGGAACGGCCAAGUGGAUCGUCGCCGCGUAGUGAACACUGAAGAAUGCUUCCGUACCUUCCCUCUCUUGUCAGUCUUCGACUGGAUUGGAACAACAGAUCUGCUGAGCGAAGAGACGCUGCCCUUGCUGACGCAUAUGCUAACGGGAAACGCAACUCUCGGAACCCUUUUGCCCAAAAUCAACGCCGCUUCCCCGUCUAAACUCUCGAGAACGUCUCUAACCAGUGAAACAUUACAGUACCUUCGAAAUAUCAACAGCUUGGAUCUUAGGCUCUACGAAUACGUCCAGAAAAAUUUUCAAUUCGAAUCACAGUGGGAUAACCUUCCAGCUAGUAUUCAGAGGAUUCGCGGUGAUAGUCUUCAGGUCUCUUGA